AUGGCCUUCCUCGGCGUCACCCCGCAUCAGAUGAACCCGAAUCUGUUGAGGACUAUAUUGUGUAUGUUCGUGUUGUGGAAGAGGCACCAUAGGAUCGAGCCAAGCACAAACAUCUUGAGGUGUUGCUAUGGGUUAAGGAAGAGCCCAAAGCAAGCUGGGUUCUUCUAUCUGCAAGCAUUGCAGGGGAAGUUGCUGGAGAAUAACAGCAGUUCGUAG